CGUACGCCGCUCUGCUGAUAAUGUAAAGGAGAAAACGUCCGACGUCCGGCCGAAACCUGCGAUUAUCUUCUAUAAACCGAUAAAUGGCUCUGUUACGGUCCUUUGCUGCCUUUUCGUUCUGCAUUUCACUGCUUCUCGGCCUCUGCUCGGCUGGAGAUCCUUUCAUCUUCUACGACUGGGAUGUCUCUUACAUCACCGCCUCUCCGUUGGGCGUCAAACAACAGGUGAUUGCGAUAAAUGGGCAGUUCCCUGGGCCAAUUGUCAAUGUGACCACGAAUAAUAAUGUCGUUGUCAAUGUUGUAAACAAUUUGGACGAGUCUGUACUGAUUACUUGGGAUGGGAUCCAACACCGUCGGAAUUCUUGGCAAGAUGGGGUUCGUGGUACAAACUGCCCCAUCCCCGCUCGUUGGAACUGGACUUACCAGUUUCAAGUGAAGGAUCAAAUCGGUAGCUUCUUUUAUUUCCCAUCGCUUAAUUUCCAAAGAGCGGCUGGUGGGUAUGGGGGCAUCAUUGUAAAUAACCGUGACAUUAUUCCUGUGCCGUUUGGUAAGCCAGAUGGGGACAUCACCCUCCACAUUGGUGAUUGGUUCAACAGAAACCAUACGGAUAUGAGGAAUGCCCUUGACAAUGGCAAAGACCUGGGGAUGCCAGAUGGAGUUCUCAUGAAUGGGAAGGGUCCCUAUCGGUACAAUGAUACUCUUGUUCCAGUUGGUAUUGAUUACGAGACCAUCCAUGUCCACCCAGGUAGAACAUACCGAUUUCGUGUACACAAUGUUGGUGUAUCAACUAGUUUGAACUUCAGAAUCCAGAACCAUAACAUGCUUCUUGUAGAAACUGAAGGAUCAUACACAGUGCAACAGAACUAUACUAACCUAGAUAUUCAUGUCGGUCAGUCGUAUUCUUUCUUGGUUACCAUGGAUCAGAAUGCAAGUAGUGAUUACUACAUUGUAGCAAGUGCUAGGUUUGUGAAUGAAUCGCUCUGGACCAGAGUUACGGGUGUCGCCAUCUUGCAAUAUUCCAAUUCUAAGGGCAAAGCAAGUGGUCCUCUGCCAGAUCCGCCUAAUGAUUUUUAUGACAAGACUUUUUCGAUGAAUCAAGCCCGAUCAAUCAGGUGGAAUGUGUCUGCUGGUGCUGCUCGCCCAAACCCACAGGGAUCCUUUAAAUAUGGCCAGAUCAAUGUGACUGAUGUGUACGUGUUGAGAAACAAACCACCAGUGGUUAUUAAUGGGAAACGUCGAACUACACUCAAUGGAAUCUCAUACUCCAAUGCUGCGACACCACUGAGGCUUGCUGACCAGUAUAAAGUGCAAGGAGUUUACAAACUUGAUUUUCCCACUAGGCCACUUGUUGGACCACCUCGGAUUGAAACAUCUGUAAUUAAUGGUACAUUUAGGGGAUUCAUGGAAGUCAUAUUCCAGAACAAUGACACCACAGUCCAGAGUUACCACAUGGAUGGAUAUGCGUUUUUUGUUGUUGGGAUGGAUUUUGGGGAGUGGACAGAGAAUAGCAGGGGCACAUACAAUAAGUGGGAUGGAGUUGCUCGCAGCACAACGCAGGUUUUCCCUGGAGCAUGGACUGCAAUCUUAGUCUCGCUCGACAAUGUCGGUUUUUGGAAUGUUCGAGCAGAAAAUCUCGAUACUUGGUAUCUUGGGCAGGAAGUGUAUGUAAGGGUUGUCAAUCCUGAGAUCACAAACAAAACCGAAUUGCCUAAACCAGAUAAUGCCCUCUACUGUGGUGCCCUUGAACAUUUGCAGAAGCCACAGAAGUUGCACUCAAAGUCUUCAGCAUCAUCAAUCGUGGCUGGAAGAAUGCUGCUGUUCACAUUGGUGCUACUCUAUGCUGCAACUGCCAUCUUCCAGUAAGCAUCCGGCCAUGAUUAAUAUUGACCUGCCGGUGGGUUUUCUGCUGUGAGGAGCAUGAUUUGCUCAAGUACUUUUGGUUGUAAGUUUUAGGUUUGCAAACCCGGUCUUGUUGAUAUGAAUUUUCGCAGCGAUUUUAACAUGUUUGUUCUCACCCACCUUUCGGGAUGCUCCCCAAUUUCUUGUAAUUUGGGUUCUAGGGGAACUACCAUUCUUUCUACAAAAAAAAUUUACAUAGUGAUGAUUCACCGGUUUCAAUUGUAUUCGAUUGUCUGUAUCAGUUCCAUCUGUCAAUUUAGGUGAGAUUUGUGUGUUCCCAUUUGCCAA